AUGUCUACUGGCAGUUCUUCAAACCCCGGGAAUUGGAUCAUUGGCAGUUAUACUGGAGAUAGCGAUGCGCUUAAAAUUACCAUAGCAGCUUUUAUUGCUGUCGCCUGGUACAACGCCCUUGAGUUAAUUAUCCUCAUCUUCAAGAAAUUUACGCACUACAAUGGGAUCUAUUUUUGGAGUAUGUUCAUCUCAGCGGGCGUGGGGAUCCCAUUAUACUCCCUCGGGUUUCUUAUGAAAUUCUUCGACCUCACAUCGGCCGUUUGGUUAUCCAUCACGCUCGUGACUAUUGGAUGGUGGGCAAUGGUCACCGGACAAUCAUUUGUUCUGUAUUCCAGACUCCAUCUUGUCGUGCAAAACUCGAUGAUUCUACGCCUAGUCUUGAACAUGAUUGUCGCAAAUAUCUUUCUCCUCCAUGUGCCAACCACUGUUUUGACAUAUGCCGCCAACUUCUCGGGCUCCCAUUCAUACGUCACUGCAUACAAUGUGAUGGAGAGAAUUCAAGUGGCAGGAUUUUGUGUUCAGGAACUGUGUAUCUCUGGUUUGUACAUGUGGGAAACCUAUAGAAUGUUGAAGAUCAAUCCGUUACGCAGCAAUCGCAAAAUCAUCAUUGAACUAUUCAUGAUAAACAUGAUAUGUGUUCUCAUGGACAUUGGCCUUGUUGCCGUGGAGUCUGCGAACUACUAUAUCUAUCAGACAACCCUGAAGGCUACCGUGUACAGUAUUAAGCUGAAAAUCGAGUUUGGGGUUCUUGGGAGACUAGUUCUUGUUGCGACUGGAUCUACUUGGAGGCCGCAGCUGAACGAUGCCAAUGUCCAUGCCUCAGCUUACCUGUGA